AUGAAGAGUGUUGACGCGUUGCUAUGUUGGUUGAUUCACUUGGCAGGGGCUCACACCGUGGGGUUCUCUCAUUGCAACAAGUUCAAUAACAGAAUCUACAAUUUCAAGAGCCACACUAAAGUGGACCCCACACUCAACGACCUUUACGCCUCGCAGCUAAAAUCUAUGUGCCCGAGAAAUGUGGAUCCAAGGAUUGCAAUCGACAUGGAUCCAACAACACCACGGGCUUUCGAUAACGCUUAUUUCAAGAAUCUUCAGAAGGGUAUGGGCCUGUUCACCUCAGACCAAGUUCUGUUCAUGGACCCAAGGUCCAAGCCCGCUGUGGAGGCCUUUGCUAGUAACAGCAAAACCUUCCACGCCAACUUCGUCGCUGCCAUUACUAAGUUGGGCCGAGUUGGAAUCAAGAAUGCGCAAAAUGGGAACAUUCGUUCAGAUUGCUCCAUCAUAUGAUUUUCAAGGAACAAAAGCACAAGAUAGAAUCUUUAAGGGGGUUGGUUAAUCCGAGUAUAUGCUAUGGGGGAGAUUAUUAAUAAUGAACAGAAUAAGUUCAUUAAGUUGCUUGUAAAUUUAUUUUAUGUUGUGCUUAAUCGUAACUGUUUAAAUUUGUUAAUGUCUUUAUUGGCAUCA